GCGGCAAAACGCACACGCGGCCACCGCCGCCUUCAUCCGCGCGCACGCACACGCAUCAGUGUUUGUGCGACUGUCUUUAUGGACGGACUCCGUCGUUGACCGUGUUCGAACCGUAUUCGUCGUCCCGAUAUCAAUCCUUGUGGUUGUCGUGUCUUUGCGGAUAUAUUUUAUGAAAUUUGUAAAAACAUUUUUUCUUUUCGUAAAAAAAAUUUUCGUGACGUUUGUGUGUGAUAUCACAGAUUCUAAUAUAAGUAGGUACUAACUUUAAACAUACGCUCGUUAUACCACCAUGGUCGAAAUCCGGCGGCGCGUUUAGCGGUGCUUGACCAACUGUCGACCGCCGAGACUCCAACGCCGUCGACGUCAUGGUGGUACUGGAAAACCCAAUGCCAGAUCCUCUGGCCACUGGCGUCGGUCUGGUGCAGGAUGCCGCGGCAACCACCCCGUUGACUGUGGACACGACCGGAGCCGUGGCACCACAACACCACCAGUCGUCCAUCGGUGGUUGUCUGUCUGCCACGUAUCCGAUACCCACGACCGCGGCGGCCGUGGCCGGCCAAAGGCACCAUUUGAAAAUGGUGCCUAAACGGUUCAUCAACAUGCACCAGUGGUUCAACCCGAUCGGUGUCAAGCAGAUCAAAGAGGCCAUGGUGAGUGGAUUAUUACAAGUAUUAUAAAUACCUUCCAAUCGUGAGUACAUAAAAAAAAAAGAAUUAGUACAAUUUCCAAGUUUUAUUGUAAAAGACAAAGUGGUCACCCGUAUACUAUAAUAUAUUAUAGGUAACCUAAUAAAUAAUAAACUUCCAAUAAUGUGUGAAAAUAUAGAAAAUAGGUACAAAAGUAAAUAUAUGUGGGAACAAAAAUAAAUUAGUUGAAUAUAUCUUCAAUACAUUACUAUUCAACUAUUCUAAACGGAAUUAUGGAUACAUUUGUUAUCUGCUCUCUUUUUUUCCUACUUAUCUACGAUUUAUGAAACACGUAAAAUAAAUGUCAUUUUAAACGAAAAAUCAAAAAAUAGUAUUAUAACUGGAAAAAUAGUACUAAAAAUCUAAACCCUUCAAAUAGGUAUGCAAUAUUCAAUUUUAUAUUUAGAAUCCUUAUGAUGCAUUAAACAAAUUUAGGUGUAUAGCUGCUGACUAAUAAUUUUUUCCUUAUUUGUAUUUUAUAAUAAUUAGUAAAUCCUAGAAUCUGAGCCCUAAGUUUGUGUAAUUAAAGCAGUUUAUUGUUUAUUGAAUUCAUUCAGUCUGGAGUUUAAAACUACUAUAUUCAUUAAAUUACAAAAAAAAAAUGUUUUUAUUAAAUUAUUAUUAUCAAAGCUGAAGUAGAUUAAAAAAAAGAUAUAAAUUUAAGUAUAUUUUAUUAAUAUUUGAUGAAAAAUAUUAUUUGAGUAAUUUUAUCCUGUCAGCAGAAAAAAAAAGAACCUAUUUAAAGAGUAAUUUCACAAUGUGAAACAUUUAACAAGUAUAAACUAAUGCCGUUGGUGAGAAAAAAUGGAACUGCUGCGGAUUAUUAAACAUAAUACAUGUGUCAUAUAGCACCCAGGUGUAUAUAUGUACAAUUUAACAUAGAGUACAUUUUUCCGGUUAUUUAUACAUUCAAAAGUUCAAUCCAAUGAAUAUUUUAUUAGAAAAUGAUAAUAGUUUUGCAUGUUUUUCACGGCUUUGUACAGUCGAAAUGUAUGAAAUGGCUAAUGGAAACUAUAGUGGAGGGUUUUGUUGCCGGCUAGUUGUCAGUGAUCAUGACACCUAUUCCACCCCUCCCCACUCUAUGUGUAUUAUUAUCUUGCGGUGCAUGACUCAACUAGUCAAAUAAUAAUGUACUUCCUUGCAAGAUGUUUCGUGUAUGUCUGCUGAUUAUUAUUUCAAGAACAGUGCACAACGACUUUUCUUCUAUUUACCGAACCAUAUUAACUUAAAUAUUAUACGUAGGGCCGACGUAUGGCAAUAUAAAGCAUUUUGAUAUGAAUAUAACAUAUUUAAUAUAAUAUAUAGGUAGGUUGAUAUGUAUCAUAUAUUUAUAUAUUUAGAACUAGGGGAAUUUAUAUGAUGGCUAUGUAGUUCGUAAAAUAAGACCAGUAUUUUGUUAUCUAGGGAAUACAAAUGAUAUAUUAUAAUACGAAAAAAGUAAAUUACAAAAAAAUCGAUUACAUAUUGCUAUUGCUACCGGUUUGUGGUUAUUAUAGAUCUAAGUAUGUCUCCAAAAUAUACAUAUAUUUUUCAUUUUCCACCAUGGUAAACACAACCUAUAGAGUUAGGUUUGUUGAUAUGUUUCUGUAAAAUGACUAGAAACUCGAGUGUGCGUAUUACAAAACUCUUCCUGGGUUCAUUUCAUAUGCAAAUUAAACAUACUCUUAGAAUUUGUGCAAAAUUGAAUACACGACCCUUAUUAUAGGUUUUUCAAUCAAAUUAACAUUACACGUCAUAGUUGGUUUUCUUUUUUGUUUUCUAUUUAGCUUACAUACAUAAGACAUAAAACUCCUUUUUGAAAUUUUACUAUUUUUCACAAUAUAGUUGUAGGUACAUAUGUAACUUAACAAUACCUACUAAGAUUCAGUUUUAUAUUUUCUUCAAAUUAACAAUUUUUUAAAUAAUUUAAAAAUAUUUUUUUGUGUGUAUACCAUAAUAUAUUAUAAGCCACUGUGAAGAUCAUAUAUAUUCUCAUUAAAUGUAUAUAAUAUAGGUAGGUACUACAUUUUGUACUUUGUACGAACAAAAUAAAAAAUAAUAAUGUAUGGUAGAUUAUUUUUCGAUUACUUUCGAUUAUUUUUCGAUAAAAUGUAUAAACUUCGAAUUUCUCCGGUCAACUAAUUCUUUUAAAGCAAAUAAUAAUUUUUUUCACUUUUUAUGUUACUUUUAGAUAAUAGGACAUUAAUACACCUCUAAAAAUCAUUAGACGUUGACAUACUUUCGAUAUGGGAGUUGAGUAUUCUCAAUAAAUAAAAAAUUUAGUAGAAAUUAAUAAUGAUAAUCCUAAGUAAAAUAUGAAAAUUAAUGCUUAAAUAUGCAUUUGUCAUAGUUAUAUUUCUAAAGACUUAAUCUUGGAACUUUCUUUACUUAAGUUUCUCGUGCUAUAUGAAUGAAGUACUGUUCAAAGAAAUAAAUAGAUAUCAUUUAAUUUGCUUAAAAAUAAAUAAAAAAAACAGUUUUAUUACAGGUAUAAAAAAUAUUGUUUUCGAUAUGGAAAAUUCAAAUCCAUGUAUCUAUGACCUAGUUUAAAGGUACUAUGUUUUUAUCCCUUCAGAAACCAUAUAAAAAGCACUCGAUUUAAAUAUACGUUUCUACGUUUCUGUGAUACACAAUAUAUUGUAUCUAAAGCACUCUUAUUUUUUUUUUCUUGCAAGCCUAUCGUUGUUUCCUUAUCACAAUAAAGAAACUGUGGUACAAAUACUUGAAAUAUUCAUCAUCAUAAUAUGCACUUGGCCUUUGAUAUAAACAUUUAAAAAAAAAUAAAUUAAAUAAUGUACAGCAAUGGUUUUUAAAAAUUUUUUUUUAAAUUGUAUAAAAUGAUAAAUUCUUUUCUGGCAGUCGGUUAUAUUCGUCAAAACAUAAACUUUCAACUGUCAUAGAUAUUUUUUUUAAGGUAUGGAAUUUUUGGAUCGCUUAAAGGUCAUGCAAACAAUGUUAUGCUGACAGAAUUAAUCAAUUGCUACUAUUUUUAUUUUUAUUUUUUUUUUUUUUUGGCACGUUUUCACCACUGGUACCAAUCAUUCCCCAUAAUAUUCCCUACCGUAACGUUGGGCGCCUUUGACGCGCUUUCCAUUAGUCAUUUUCCUAUGCCAGAAUCGGCUCAUUUGU